AUGGCGGUUACCACCGAAGAAAAUUCCAAGCCCAACAAGCUGGAUGCUCGCACCCAAUGGGCUGCUUUCGCUAUUCGCGAGCAGCUGGCGACCAUUCAGAAGCAGAUUCCCGAGAAUGUGCUUCCGACCAAGGCUGGUGGCAUCGAUGCCGGAGUCGAUUUCUUGUAUCCAACCAAGGAGACGGAGUUUGUUACCAGUGCGCCUAACAUUGACAAAUUCAAGGUUGCCAUUAUCGGCGCGGGAGCCGCUGGCUUAUUCACAGCCAUGAUUUUCGAUUAUCUAAAGGAGCAAUUUGAUUUAGAUGUCGAUUAUGAAAUCAUCGAGUCUAGAGACCGACGAUCCAAAGACUCAAAUACAGAUAGAAUUGGUGGUCGGCUAUUCACUCACACAUUCGAAGAUAUCAACAAGCCGAACCCAGCCCGGCCCAGUACUCUGUACUACGAUGUGGGCGCCAUGCGAUUCCCGGACAUUGCCAUCAUGAAACGAACUUUCGAGCUUUUUCGAGUCCUUGACAUGAAGAAGACCACCCUCAAGGACGCUAAUCAGAGGGGAGAUCUCAUUCCUUAUUACCUUCAAGGCAAGAAUUGCCCAAGCCUGUACAACGACGUCCGCGCCCCAAACGCGUACGAAGUGCCGGAAGAUUUCAAGCCGACCGGCAAUUCAUUCUGCAUCACGGGUUUGCCACAGGACAUCGCAGGGGCCGAUCCAGGAGAUCUGGUGGCAGAUUCGAUUGCUAUUUUCACGUCGUACUACGAGCAUGAAGGCCCUGAAAAGUUUUGGAAGAAGCUCAAGCGACAAGCUGAUCCGUUUACGGUAAGGCAAUGGCUCACGCAAGCCGAAGGUUAUGACUAUAACACCAUCGAAUUCCUGGAGACCAUGAAUUUCGGUAAUCGAUGGUACGACCAAGGACUGAGUGAAAUGAUUCUCGAGUCUCUCGACUUCGAUGCGAAACAUUUCUUAGAUCCAGUCCAUUGGCGAUGUGUGCUGGGAGGCGCAGGGGUCAUUCCUGAGAAGAUGGCGGAGAAGCUAGCGCAGAAGGGCAAGAUCGCCCUGACGAAAAGAGUCACGGCGAUGAGUUACAAGAAUUACAAAAGCAAAGUGAUGUUCAAAGAUGACAAUAUCGGAGAAAUUGAAGUCACGACAGAAGGCCUGGGUGGCGAGACCAACCAAAACACAAACACGUAUCACGCCGUCUUCAAUUCGGCGCCACUCGGAGCAAUGCAGCGCAUGCAUCUGGAAGGUCUAAACUUGUCUUGGGGUGUCAAACAAGGCAUCAGAUCGCUCGGCUACGGCUCUUCGUGCAAGGUCGGCGUGCUGUUUGAGACCCAAUGGUGGCGUGAUGUUGAGCACACGAAGCUCAACAUUUGCGAAGGAGGCGUCUCGAAAACCGAUCGUCCCAUCCGAUGCUGUGUCUAUCCUUCGUACAACAUCGAUGAUCCUGUGGACAAGCCUGGUGUCCUACUUGUCAGCUAUACAUGGUCUCAAGAAGCGAUCCGCAUGGGGUCUCUGAUCAAAAAUGACGAUCCAAAGGCGGGCGAAGAACUUAAGCAGACCAUCAUUCACGACCUCGCUCGUCUUCAUGCUAUCAAAUUGAAUGGACAGGAUCCGGAUGCCGAUUUCAAGGAACUCAAGGAGAGAAUCAGCCGUGACUACAAGGAACAUUUUGCAUAUGACUGGAGUCAAGACCCGCAUGCAGCAGGCGCGUUCGCAUACUUUGGUCCGUCGCAAUUCCAGCAGCUCUACCCUUGGAUCACACGAUCAGGUGGAAGCAAUCAUAUCAUCAUUGGAGAAGCAGCAUCUGCGCAUCACGCAUGGGUCGUCGGAUCCCUCGAGUCUGCUGUUCGCGGUGUGUACCAAUUCCUCGCUUCACAUGGCCAGUACAACAAAAACGCUGCUGCUGCUGCACAAGCCUAUGAGCGUACACCGCAACAUGAAGAAAAGCAAACGAAAGAUGGUCCGACCAUUCCUUGGCCGUUUGGUCCUCUGCCUGGGGAGUACGAGUUCACGGAGGAUAUACAUACGCCUGCGCCAAGUAAACUCAAAGACGAAGACGUACCGGCGCCCAUUGGACAAUUGGCGAGGUUGCAGAUUCUCAUGGAACAGAUUAGGCUUAGGAUGGGAGAGGAUAAGAUUGAUCCUAGUAAAGUGAAGAAAGAAGAUCUAUCGGAUUUGGUGGGCGUGCCCAAUGGGGUACCGGCUUGA